CGGAAGUGGGCGGGACCUCGGUUCUUUCGCAGGCGUCAGGAGAAGAAGAAGCUAGCCGCUAGCCGUUAGCUUCCCGGUGCUGCAGCAGGCUCUGGUUUUAUCUCAAAGCCGGUCGACAUGGUCCAGCUGGUGGGCUCCCUCCGAAGAGAGUUGGCGGACUCCCUGUCCAGCUGCAAGGUGCUGGUGGUGGGAGCGGGGGGCAUCGGCUGCGAGCUGCUGAAGAACCUCGUCCUCACCGGCUUCAAGAACAUCGAAGUGAUCGACUUGGACACGAUCGACGUCAGCAACCUGAAUCGCCAGUUCCUCUUUCAGAAGAAGCAUGUUGGCAAGUCUAAAGCACAGGUGGCCAAGGAGAGCGCCUUGCAGUUCUGUCCCAGUGCAAAUAUCACUGCCUACCACGACAGCAUUAUGAACCCAGAGUACAAUGUGGAGUUCUUCAGAAAGUUCAUGCUGGUGAUGAAUGCCCUGGAUAACAGAGCGGCUCGCAACCACGUGAACAGGAUGUGUCUGGCAGCUGACAUCCCGUUGAUCGAGAGCGGCACCGCUGGUUACCUGGGACAAGUCACGGUCAUCAAGAAGGGAAUGACCGAGUGCUACGAGUGCCAACCUAAGCCGACCCAGAAGACUUUCCCAGGAUGCACCAUAAGAAACACGCCGUCCGAGCCCAUCCACUGCAUCGUCUGGGCCAAGUACCUCUUCAAUCAGCUCUUUGGAGAAGAGGAUGCGGAUCAAGAGGUGUCACCUGACACAGCCGACCCAGAGGCUGCAUGGAAACCCGAAGACACAGCAGCUCGCGCCACCGCCUCAGAAAAGGACGGGGACAUAAAGCGUGUCUCCACCAAGGAUUGGGCUCGCUCCACCGGAUUCGACGCCGUUAAACUCUUCAACAAGCUUUUCAAAGAUGACAUCAUGUACCUGCUGACCAUGGACAAGCUGUGGAAGAAGAGGAAAGCUCCCACACCUCUGGACUGGCAGCAGCUGGAGGACAGUGCUCGUCCUCAGGAGGAGACUCCAGGUUCGGGUUUGAAGGACCAGCAGGUUCUGGGCGUUUGGGGCUACUGCCAACUGUUCCAGCACAGCGUGGAGACACUCAGCUCACAUCUGCAGGAGAAGGGAGAAGGUGCCGAGUUGGUGUGGGACAAGGACGACCCACCGGCCAUGGACUUUGUCACAGCAGCAGCAAACCUGCGUAUGCACAUCUUCAGCAUGAACAUGAAGAGCCGCUUUGAUGUCAAAUCCAUGGCGGGGAACAUCAUCCCAGCUAUUGCCACGACCAACGCCGUCAUUGCUGGACUCAUCGUCCUAGAGGGGCUCAAGAUCCUGGCGGGGGAAGUGGAAACCUGUCGCACGAUCUUCCUGAACAAGUGUCCUAACCUCAGGAAGAAGCUGCUGGUCCCAUGCGUCCUGGACCCGCCCAGCGCCAACUGUUACGUCUGCGCCAGCAAACCUGAAGUCACGGUCAAAUUCAACGUCCACAAGACCACAGUCCUCGCGCUGCAGGACAGGAUCCUGAAGGAACGGUUUGGCAUGGUGGCUCCGGACGUUCAGAUUGAAGAUGGAAAAGGGACCAUCCUCAUCUCCUCAGAGGAAGGAGAGACGGAAGCCAACAACCACAAAUUCCUCUCCGACUUUGGGAUCCGUAACGGCAGCCGUCUGCAAGUUGACGACUUCCUGCAAGACUACACGCUCCUGGUUAACGUCCUGCACACCGAGGAACUAGAGCAUGAUGUGGAAUUUGAGGUGGUGGGUGAGGCCCCAGACAAAGCUCCAACCCCUCCGAGUAACCAGGAAGAGGCUAACAGCAUCACCAACGGCAACAAGGACUCCGCCCAGCCGUCCACCUCUUCUAAAGCUCCAGCAGAGGACGACUCCGACGACGUCAUGAUCGUCGACUCCGACGAGGAAGAGGCCGCGUCGUCCGCCACUGCGAAGCCGGCACCGAGCAGCGGCACCAAGAGGAAGCACUCGGACGCGGAGACCGGCGAGACCUCCACCAAGCGUCCGCGGACGACACAGCAAUCGAGUGCGGCAGCCGACAAUGAUGACGACGACGACAUCAUCGCUCUGGACUAACCCCCCACCCCUCCCGCUCCGUGGUCUCCCGAAGGCCUGAGAACUCUUUGAAAGCUUGACAUUUUUUGACUCGAGACGAGACAGUAGGCUGAAAUAAAACACCUCUUUUAUGAAGAACAAUUCACUGCCCUUCUUUAUCUUUCGUCACCUCCUCCUCCCCCUUUCAUAUUCCCUCUGCUCCUAACAUGCGCGACGCUGUAAAUAGAUUCUACACUUUAAAAAUGUUUUGACAAGUACAUGCAACUUCUUUUGUUAUUUUUAUUCAUUCCUCAUCCCUAUAAAAUGCUUCACUUGAUGGUAAACAGUGCUUUUUUUGUAUUCCUUUUUUUUAUAUAUAUAUAUACAUAAACGUACUGUAUCUUCUCAUGCUACACACAUCAGGGUGUUUUUUUGUUUUUUGUUUUCGUGCUUUCUGUGUCAGGUUACAAAAGAUUUAAAUACCAAAACAUUGUCUUGGGUUGUAAUGUUGAUCUCAUUUGGGAGUCUGCAGCUUCUGCCACUCCAGCGUCGUUGAUGUCUGUGACCGGGGGUCGGUCGGGGAGUUUGUGCCGUGUGGGCGUUAAAAGUUUGCUACCUCUUUUCUAGAACUAUGUCGUGGCGGCAAAUGCGUAAUCAUCCCCUCCGUAAAACCGCCGCAGUGAGGCGUCCAGCUCUCAGAGAGAAGCGAAAUAAAAACUGCCAUAGAGCAGGACAGUGAAACUCACUUGUCAAACUGCAGCGUUUCCUUCAAAGGCUCGUAGUAGUUUAAUAAGUUACUGUGGCUUUUAAAAAAUGUUUUUGUAUCAUUACUACUUCUAUUUGAGAAAGGAGGUUGCGGCGUGUUUUGAGAAGGUUAAAGACAGACCCAGAGAUGGAGAAGAUGAUCCAGUAACGCACACAGACGGUUUGACAAUGACAUGUCCGGUCUUAACCUAUGUAUCAAGUGUCCAUAAUUUCAUAUUUCCUAUUUGUGAUCUGACUUGUUCUUGACAAGGCUGUGCUAAGCCUCCGGACCAAUUUGGUUGAAUACAAUAAAUUCCAACAAUGCAGA